AUGACGGAUCCGUGUUCCAUCUGCGAUCAACCCGUCCACCACCUGUGCUCGAACGACCUGUGCGACCCGAGUAACAUUGCUGUUCGCUUCUGCAGCUCCACGUGUGUCGCUGAAUGGAAAAGCAAGAACUUGAUGGUAACCAACGCUGCCGACGAUCGCAUCACCUUUGAGACUAUGGGGUGGUCGCCAGAUUCGUCUUGUCAAGAAUCCAGCCAGACUGCGUCCAGUGGUUCGACGGAGCCAUUCUUCUGCCAGAUCUCGGAUGCAACGCUUCCGCCUGACACCCCAGCCUGUGUGGACUCGUACGGGAUCCCUCUAGACAUACACCACUCCCGCCAACUCGGCAAGCGUGACAACGUAUGGGACGUGGCCCACGUACUCGCGGCACCGUACUCGAUCGGUAAUGACGACGACGCCGAGAGGUUCACCCACAUCUGCCUCAUUUGUGCGGCUAACGCAGCCAGUCAGCCCAACGCGGCUGGCAACGCGCGGGAAACCGUACUUCGCCGGUGGAGCCACACGUCCAACGUCAAGGACCACAUGGUUGCAAUGCAUGAAUCGCACCCCGUUGGCAUGGCUGAAGUGAAAAAGAGGACCAAACGUGCUCGUCGGCAGAUAGCCUCGGUGAUGAACGAUGUUAGUGGAUAUAUUUCGCAGCGUGUCACCGAGUCGCAAGAGCCGAUGGCGAAGCGAGGUGCUCUGCAAAAAUUGUGGAGCCCAACACAAAAGGAGCUCCAUGUGCACAUUCCACGUUGGUUGAUCAACGAUGGCCUACCGUACAACACAGUUGUGACCAAAGACUUCCGUAACCUCAUCCAACGAGUGACGGGCACGGCGAACGUUACCAUCCUCUCGUCGAAGACCUACGCCAGCAUGCUUGAGGCUUCUUUCCAGCGGUUUUGUGCGAUGAAAGGGAUUGUGGGCACCUCUGUGAGCUUCAUCAACCGAAACUGGGACUACUGCAACCUCGCGCUACUGGUAACCGUGCACAAUGGUUCGCAUGCGUCGUCCGAGUUCACGAUGUCCGACACGACUCCCAGCGCUCGCAAGGUCUCCAAGUUGUUCGAAGAUUCGAUUCCGACCGACUGCACCAUGCACGUUUUAAACUUGUGUCUAUUGUAUGGCAUGGGUAUGAGGGAGAACACGGAGCCGGUGUACGUGAUGGACUCCGCGACCAACAUGCAGAAGAAAGAGCGCCGAGUGUGCACUGUCGGUGGCCCGUUUCCCGAAGGCGCCCGACUGAUUAAAAAGGUGUGGAGCCUUAACAACUACUUCAACUCGCCGCAGCGUGUUGAACGGCUGACCAAGCUGCAAUUCUACAGUCUCCCCGAAUCAAGCCCAAUUGUGGACUGCGAUACUCGCGUGGCAUCCUCUGUGACCCUCUUUCAACGUACAAUCGUCGACUACUCCGCGUUCAGAGAUUACUUCAGGCACUGUGAAAAGUACGACGAUCCCCAAGUGUUCGACAACUUGUCGGAAGACGAGUGGGAGCUACUGGUUGAGAUGGAGGCCAUCACAGGGUCCUUGACCGACCUUGCCCGCAUUGAAGUACAGCGGAGCAACCAAGUGGAAUCGGAGCUGUUCGUGUUGCUGAAGGCAGCUUUUGAUCGGCUGAGCACUGACAAGUAUCAAAUCUACAAUAUUGACGCGGACUUGGACAUGCCACCGAAUCUGGACUUGGUGUCAUCUGUCCAUGACGAGCUCGUCAUGUGUGGUGCCCCCGUACCAACAGAGGCUCCUCCUGAAAACUCCAUGGCGAGCCUCCACGACCAAGCCGACAGAGUCCUGGACAAGUGGUACCAGUACACAGUGCAAUGGGUGCGUGUUGCCGUCCAGCAAGCACCGGACGAGAUGCUGUCAACGGAAGACUUCACCCGUCUGCUCCUUGUCCGCCACGAUGACAGUGUAUGCUGGAGACUGCAGGCUCUAGCGAAACACGUGGAUAUCUGUCGCUGGUACCGCGACGCAGGAUCGAAGCUAUUCCCGUCCAUUGCUGCGCUUGCCCGUGUUUGGCUUGGCCGAAGCCCCUCCAAUGCUUUCCAAGAGCGCGUCUUUUCUACCGGUGCUUUCGUCAUGAACUCGCUUCGCACCAGCACGGACAAUAUGCGAGCCGAAAUGCAGGUUCUCUUGAAGCAUAACCGUACUGAGAACCGUCGUAUGGAGAUGGAGAGCGUCGCCGUGUCUGAUUACACACAGUCAGCCUAG